AUGUCGGAUUUGGAAGCAUCUUUUUCCGGGAUUUCCACUACUGAUUCAGAGUCGCCAUCCGACAUAGAGCCGGUCCACUCUCGGCUUGCCGAAAUCGCUCACGAGUUUCGUAUGGCACCAGGGGCGUUAUACCGGCUGAGUCGAAAUAAUAAGAAGAUGAUUGAUGAACUGGGUGGAAGGAACGUACUGAUAGACCAACUGGAAUCGACCCUUCUGCCUUCACUCAAAGACCACGUCUCAUCUCUCUUACUCUUACUUGACCUACAAGAUUUCGGGACGCAGCUCGACACGCACGCUAAGUUAGGACGAUGCAAAGAAUUCAGAUGCCGUCGAUUGUGCAUCCAAGUCGAACGAAGCAUACAAUCCCACCUUUGUCUAGUGUUCCAUAGCGCUGCGGAGCUUACGCGAUUGUGGGAACUUUCGCGUCAUGAUCCAGAAAACUUGAUCAAGCAUCAAAAGCUUAUGUCCGAAAAGAUGGAACAAAUAUGCACGAAGGCAGAUCUCUGCUAUCAAUCACUCGAUCAGUCAAUCCAAUGGUCAACCAAAUCCGACUUAGUUAUUCUACAAGAAGAUUGGUUAGACACAGAAGCUGGAUUAGUCAAUAUUACACUGAAACAUCUCACAAAACUCGCCAACCCGCUGAUUAAUGAUUUUGAAUACCACGAAUGGGACUCGAUCAAUGUGUCACGAGAAAAGACAACGACUCCGAAUCGAGAGCAUAAUGCUCAAGUUGCUAGAUUGACGAUACCGAUUGUCAAGUUAGCACGAAUCUUUUUGAAACAAAUGGCGAAUACAACUGCAGCAAAGCGACAAUUGUUCACUUUAGAUCCAGAUAUCGAUUCCAAGUCCCUGUGUUUGUUGAGUCAAGGUCCAUCCAACCUCGCUAUGAAUCUUCGAGCUAUUGCGCUCUUCUUGGCGAAAUGCCAGGAGAGAAACAUGGUGGCUGACAUGGAGGCUGAGGCUGGCGCAGGUCGGCAGUCAAAUCCAGUGCUUGAUUGCGCAGAACAUCUUGAAUCCACCUUACUUCUUCUUUCUUCCUAUCUCAUUCCUUUCCCUACUACAGUUGAUGAUUUCAUGUCCGGAUUUUCUGAUUUACGCUCUCUAUACCAUAGGGCAACAGACCGCAUGUUGGACACCCUCUUUCGCUCUGAACAUCUUGACUUGGAAUAG